AUCUCCCCUUUCUCUUUCUGUUAUAACGCCUUAUUCCCUUUUUUCCCAGUUUAUUCCUGUUUUAUUCUUUUCACUUGCUUUUCCUAAACAAAUUUUCAAGCUCGUCUCAAAAGCUUGUUUUUCUUGGUCGAGAGCGCAUUCCUCAGCAGCCAGCACUGUACAUUAUUUCUCUUUUGCUCCAACUUAGUGACACAUCACUUUCUUUUACUGGUGUUAUCCAUCCGUUUCUCUUAUUUGUUUGACCUAGGACUUGGGUUUGUUAUCGUGGGCAUAAUUUCUCUUUUGCUGUCCUCUGCAUUUCAUCUGAUUGAUUUCACCGGCACUAUUUCUUUCUUCUUCAAAAACCAAGACAAAACGUCUUUGAUUGACAAUGACAGCCAGCGGUGAUUAUCAUUAUGGUAAUCAUGAUUCAGCUUAUGGAAAUGAUUCUUCCAUAACAUCCACCCAAAACCACCAACGAGAACUUCCCAAUGGACGAAAAUUGCGUCCGUGUCAUUUCCAGCGUUUGCCUGAAGACCUUUCCAGCGCAUCCUAUCUCAGCUCAUCCUCUCCUUCAUUGGCUUUUGCGUCGAAACCAUCCAUGUGCCGCAGCAAUUCAAAUCACAACUCCCUAAACACGACUGCGGACAGUCAGCCACACACUGUGAGGGACACCAUGAAGACUACUCCCGUCACAGGAUCCAUUGACGUAGAAAGCGGUUCGAGCAUCCUCAAAGGCUGGAACUCGGAUCGAGAUCUACUGGAACACAUGAAUGACAUUGAACAGCAGGAAACGGAAAGCUCACUUCUUCGUUCUCACGGAGCGUCACGAACCGUUCGAACUCUUUUUCUGGGAGCCACCGCCGAUCCAGGGAAACACUUGCUGCUUAAAAAACUGGCCAUUUCCUAUUACGCUCAAAUGUAUGCUUUGCCUCAUCGGUCCGCGCCUGAUCCCAAGGAGUUCAAGGAGAAAAGCUUCCAUGUUACAUGGGAACCAACAGGACACAAAGAUAAGCAUCAAAUCGUGCUACGAGAAUACAGUGGUCUCCUUGUGAUUGAAGCCGACUUUACACGAUCAUCGACUGAAUGUGUGGAGGAGGGGAUUGCUUUUGUCAAGGAACAUCUACACACGGCUCGCAGGACACCUUUCUAUACCACAUUUCCGGAAACCUCCCCCAAUGGAAUCGAUUUAUGCGUUUAUUUCUACGAUGGAUAUCAUGAAGCGGUGGACGAUGAAUUGUGUGCUCUAUGGUCGAUUGGGGAAUCUCGCAUUCCCAUUUUACCCGUGGUUGUCUCCAACGAUGCAACACCGAUGGAUUCCCCAGAUUAUCACCUCACCGAAAUACAAUUGAAAAAGGACUUGGCCCACUUACUCGCUAGCUACAAAGUCCAAUGCAUCGAUUUCACCAAUCUAGACGAUGAACCCAAACCCUCCUUCAAACGAAAGAAUCCCAAACCAACCGGCGAUCCCAAACUGCAGCAACGUAUGGGAAGUGUCUGGGCCAUGCAACAACAUGGCAUGGAUCCUGCUUCGUAUCCCAUCUUCUCUUUACGAACCGUGCUCGGAUUUGAGCAGCAAACGUUUGCCGAUUAUCUCGAAAGUAAACGCAAGAAACGGGCCAGCCGUGACUUUCCUGAAAAAGCACUCUCCACCACUCCACCCAAAGAAUUAUCGGCAAGCAUUGAAUCGUUACCAGAACCCACCUCCUCCACCCUGUUCAGUCAGGGCUCAUGGCGGUAUACUGCAACCUUUUUACUCCUACUGGUGUCUUUCACAUUGUUCUCUGGGAGUUUCUAUCGAGAAUGGGUGUUGAGCAAGCAACGAUGGACCGCUUCAUUAAUCGCCAAAGAUUUAUCCACGACGAUGAAAUUUGCUGUCGAGGUGCGCCAGAAAGGUCAUUUGCAAUGGCCACCGAGAGACCCCCUGGUGAUGUUUCAAAACAAAUCCAUUGCCGUCUACCGCAGUAAAAACGUGGGUUAUUACAACUUUGAAGUCACCUUACCCCCCUGUCGCCCUCUAUUCCACCCCUCCGAGUUUCAGUUGGACGUCGAUAUCCCUUCUCUGAGUUCGGUCGUCAUGGGAAGUCCUCUGCUUCUACCCACGCCUCCACUAUGUCAGCAAGCGGCUUUACCCACCUCGGUCGCCCCGACUUCUUCAUCAUUGUCGCCAACAAGACCCGCACCAUCCCACGUCGAAGCGUCAUCAAAACAACAAGAGACAGAUAAAGCAACAUCCGUACCUGUCAUGAUCAACGAUACCCCGAAUGGGUUUAUGGAAUGGAUGGGCUUGAUCCGAGAUGUAUACCAAGACCUUGGAUUUUAUUACCGUCACCGUAAAACGCUGUUAGCAAUCAUGCUAAAUGGGGAUGGAAAAGAGCAGCUAGAUGCAUGACGUAUCGUGUAAGGCAGCACAAAAUUCCGCUGUGCCUCUCAUUGCGAGCCUUGUCCUAUGAAAACCUCCAUGAGUGAUCUAGGUUUUUCCGAUGCCACAAGGUACAAAAUGUCCCAAAAUCGACUUUUGUAUUACCCAGAUCAGGUACCAAAAACGAUUCCACCAGAAAAAAAAAAUCCAAGAAAAACCAUAAUAAAGUCUACCUGUCAUCAAAGAAAGUAUUUUUUUUUUUCUGAUUUCAAAGCAAUAUAAUUUUUACAUUAGUCCUGCAAGAGUCAUCCCUGUUCGUCAUAAAUCUGGUUGACCCAUUAGUAGUUGUAUGUUGUGAUGACAAGAGAAAAAAAAGUGGCCAUCUCUUUAUCGGGCCUAUGAUGUAG